AUGGGUACACCCCGAGACUACUAUGCAGACUUAGAGCUGCCACCGACGGCAGACGCUGCGGAAAUUCGAAAACAAUAUCGGAAACUUGCUCUCAAGUAUCAUCCAGAUCGCAAUCCUGGGCGAGAGGCAGAAGUGAACACCCAGUUCCAGAUUAUCCAAACGGCGCACGAAAUUCUUUCCGACCCUGAACAGAAAGCCAAGCACGAUGCUUCGCGAGGGCGCGGUAGAUUCCCAGGAGCUUCGGGUGUUAAGGGUAACCCUUGGUCAAACGUCAGCGCCCAGUAUCCGCCCCCUCCUCGGCGCAACAAUGCAAAUCCUCGAGCUCCGCCAUCGGGCGCACAAAGAUGGCAACGUUUCUCUACGGGGGUUCCUCCCACUGCAAAGCAGUAUACAGCAUCAGAUGCCGAAUCGAAGAAGAAUGCUGCCCGAGCAUUCGAAAACAUGCGAAAGGGUGCAUCGGCCAAAGCGAACGAUCAGCCACGACCUCCCCCUCCACCUCCGCCACCACGGACUGAAUCUGCCAGACAACGUCAAGAGGCCUCGUUUGGUGCAAGAAAGACAGGUUUCCAUCCUCGGACAGCAGGGGGCGAUGAACCACCUGUAUCAAGUAGCAACUACAGCUCGCGACCUGCUUCGGAACGAUAUGCGCAGCGAUUUGGCUCUGACAUUCCACAACAAGCACCUCCUCCUACUCCCCAACGGCCUCCUCCAACUGCGAUGCCUGAUCCAUUAAGCCAAUUCAGAGACCGAGACAGUACAGCCGACCCCCGACAAAGCACUCCUUAUGCGUCGUCAAACGGAGGCGAAAAGACUAACCCUUUCGACGGCAUCUCAAUCAACCGGGCUAAGAGUACUCGGGAAGCAACUCGCCAAGAUCAAUCUGCCUCUGAGAAUGAAGCCUUCAACCGACAACGCAGCGCCAGUGCACCGAAGGGUGGAAAGGCUGAGGACGUUCCUUUGAAUAAUAAGGCUCCUGAACAACCUUCGAUACCUCGGGACCCGGCAGACCGUCCUAAGGCGCCGUUGAAGAAAACUCGCAGUGGCUUCAAGAGUGUUCCGCUGGGACCUAACCAGCAGGCCACCGAGUUUCCCGCAAAUGAUAAACCAACUGAUUCACCUGGUGGCCCAACAAUUUUUAGUUUCCCUGUCAAUGAUGACAUUUUCUCACGAACAUCACCUGACCACCAUCGAUUCUCUCGGCGAAGUACUGAUGAUAUUAACACUAGUUUUGCUGACGAAGAAGAUGCUACUGGGUGGGCGUUCAAUGCCGGUGGAGCUGAACAGGAUAGCCCAAGUAGGCCCCGAAAACCAGGUCGCCAAUCCCCAGGGAAGCGGCCCCCAAUGAGCGGCAAGAGUACACCAAGUUUCAUGUCCGAUGCUGAGAGAUCCGACUCUGCUAAGCCCGAGUCGGCCUUUAACCCUGCAGGUUGGGAUUUUGGUCCCCAAACAUUUGUUCCUCAGCCGUCAAAGUCGGUAUCUCCCACGCGGUCUACCCGAACAAACUCACGAAAGCCGAAGGCGUCCAAAAAGUCAAGCCAUGCCAAUCUUGUGGACGACAGCAGCAGUGAAGAUGAGGUGUUGGAAUGGCGUGGCCGAAAGGUGCAAGAAGAACCACCUGCUGCUGAGAGUCCCCAGGCUAUGGACAUAGAUACUCCUCCUGCGCCGUCCUCCAUGCCGCCACCUCGACCUCCCAAGAUACCUUCGCCCCAGCCAGUUCAGACUACGCCUUCACCACAACCUGCUCAGCCUGUGAGCCAACCUCAGCAACCCGUUGGAGCAGACCAGGCUCCUGGAGUGGUACCUGCUCCGCAUGCUGCCCGAAACAUCAAUGUCGAGCCCACCAGACCCGAGUGGCGACCUGGCAAUGUUGACACUGUCAAUGGUAACGAGCACAGACCUGAGAGUCCCAGAAAGGCAUUCAAUCCAAACAAUAUGGGAUCUGAAGACAGUGAAGAGUUCCAAGCAAGCUUCGCUGACCUCAGAAACGUGGCGCCAUUCACUCAACAGAGUUCCGGCUUGAAGUCUUUCUCUGACCUGAAGGAUAAUUUGCCAUUUGAAAGCAAAGCAGCGCCUCAGAUUCCAAUGAAGCUACCUAAGGUCCAUCCAUUGAUCUUUCCGACAGCACCUACUGCUCCUCAAAUCCCAGCUGCCGCUGCUGUUAACGGCGUCAAGCCUAGCGCGCUUACCUGGGAGACAUAUGUCAAAGAUUUUGAACAAUACUUGAAGCAAUGGGACACGUUCAACGCCCAAGUCGUCGACCAUUUUGCCACCCGAAAGUCGCACAUCACUCGUACCCGAGAAGAAAAGGGGUAUUCAUUCUUGGAAAACCGGGGUGAUGCUGACAUUCAGGAGUAUUACAACUGGCUCGAACAGGAUAUGGAUGUUCGCCGACGCUGGGCGGCUGCAUGCGAGGAGCAUGAACACCGAUUCCGAGAAUUCAUGGCGUUCCGAAUGAAGAUGAAGUAA